AUGGCGUCCUCAGAGUCAGACACAUGCGAUGCUGCCCUGCUGGACUCACCAGAGGCCCAAACAGGAGGAAGUCCGUUCUUUUUGAAGGGGAAGUGUCACUUCGGUCUCCGAUGUCGUUUGUCUCACAAGUCGGUCCAGCUGGUGUGUGAAGUCACCAGCAACUCAGGGGCCCCCGUAGAAGCUGCUGCACAUGCUGUUGGGCUGGAGGAAGAACCAAAGGAAGAAAAGCAAAGGAAGAAGAAGGCCAACAGGAACAAUACAGCAAACUCGGAUCAAAAGGAGGCGAAAGAGGAGGCGGACAAAAAGCCUCGCAUGCGCACCGCUGAUGACAUCAUCUCUCGCAUCCUGUGGGACCCCUCUGUGGACGCCUCACACUUCCUGGUGGGCUACACCGACCGUUUCCUGGGGGUGCUGGAGCGCCCCUUCCCCGACUUCAACUGGGACGUCAAGCCGUGCGACUGCGACUACACGGCCGAGCUGGCGCUGCCCAGACACAGGAUCCAGUACUUCGCCUACGAGGGGACCCGAGUCUGGGACCGCCACAGCAGGACCGACCGCGUGUUUGGAUCCACCGGACAAUCUCUGGCUCCCCCCUUUGGAGGGCAGGGGGAAGUAGAAGAAAGGCAUCAAGAUCCAGGAGAGGAUCCACCUUCUGCACAUGUGGAUGAGGACCAUGUAGACGGUGCUGACUCAGCAGUGGCAUCCCUGGAAUUGGGGCGUGUUGCGGAGGAGGCUGCAAACAGUGCCACGGCCUCGGCACAUAGAGAAGAGCCACUCAAAGAGGGGACGGCUGAAGGAGGAGAAGGUUCUGAAAGGCAGGACAAUCCGCGAGUGUCUGCAGUUAGUGAUCCGAGCGAAGAGUACCGUAUUUCAAGACCUUGGUCGCACGUGGCGUCAUGUCCCGGCACCGGCUCAAGCAUCUGGCGGGCAAACAGGCGUGUUUGUAGUGGACUUACUUCUAAGUAAUGUUGUCAUUUUCCAUUCCAAGAAAGCUCUCGGAAGUAAGGCUCCACUUUUUAAAAAAUGUGCUAGCUCAAUGCUAAUUUAUGUGGGAUAUGCCAUACACGUGCUUCUGAUUAGCAUUAGUGAUUUUACAUGGCGAUUUCAACGCCUCCAAAUGUGUUAAUACAAAUUACAACUCAGACGCACAUCACGAUCAAACACCUGGUGUACUUUAUUUACAAGUUGUCACCUUUUGUAAAUGCUAAAUAAA